AUUGCACUCGUUGCAGUAGGAGGGUCCAUGUGCACAGAAUGACGUCGCGCUCACUGCAAGUCCGACCGACUCCUUCGUUGUUUUAUUAGGGGCUUUAUUUUAAUCUAAAAGGCGAGAUUAAACUAUCUAUAUAUCAUGGACAUUGUGUAAAACCACUUGCCUCUGUUGUCAAAUCCGUCGCUGUCUAUUGUCGCCCUGUUUUGAACAUCGGUUUGCAGUUGAGAAUCAGCAGCAGUCAUAUAUAUACGCAGCAGUCUAUGUCCUCAGCUGUCAAACUGAAACUAGUAGAUAUUCUCGAAAGAGUAGACCAGUGCAUUCUUGCCCCGGGAGGAAUAUCUUUUGACCAGGUUGCAUGUCUUUUUUUCUCCUUUGGAUUAUUGCUGCCCAGCAACCCAGCCACCUGACAAGUCUGAAUGUCGUAAUUAAGGUAAACCGAUGACGUGGUGAUGGAGACCAAAACACACAAAAUCUACUUUGAUGGAAACGACACAGCCGAGAGCAGGUGGCCCCAAAUCCCCAGUACCAUGGAGUACUGCUGCAGCACCCAAGAAUCCGCUUCAACCAGCAACGAUAUCCUGAUGGACAUAGCCAACACCAACUGUCCAGCUGGGAGCCCAGCGGCUGACUGUAAGGAGAACAACACCAAGAAGCUGGAGCCCCCGGUGCUUCGCCUGAGCCAGGCCCAGCCUUUUGUUCUGCCUCUCCUCAACAACUCCCUGUAUAGUCGCAAACAGGAAAUGGACUCUAAGGAGCUUUCCAAGACUGUGGCCGAGUCCAUGGGCCUGUACAUGAAUGCGGUCCGCGAGGCCGACUUUGGCUUCAGCCAACACGGGGGCAGCACCAGUCCCGGGAAGUUCUACCCAGGGUGCGGUCGCCCCCUCGAGGGCAACCAGUGUACAAAGUUGACAAAGAGCCCCCCGCUGGGCUUCCCGCAGUGCUGCGCUUCCUCUCGAGACUGCACUGCCUCCGGGCCUCAGCAGGUGAGCUCUGCCUCCUCACAGGUGUCCUCUCUCAGCUGCAGUCCCCAGACGUCCAGCUCCGUCUCCAGCCAGAGCGUCGGCGGCGGCGGUGGCGGCGGCGGCAGCAGCAGCAACAUGGUGUCGUCCACAACCAGUCCCACCACGUGCUUCGGCCCGGCGCGCUCCUCCAUCAGCAGUCCGCUCAGCCAAGCUCCCUCCGUCCCGCAUACACUGGGCCACAUCCAGCGCAGGAAUUCCGUCACGUGUAGCCCAGUGGAGUCCAGCACCGUGGGAUCCCCGCCUCUCACCAGCCCGCUCAACGUCAUGAAGUCGCCCAUGUCCAGUCCACAGAGCAUGGGCAGUGUGAGGUCCCCGCCCCCCUGCAGCGGCGCCUGCAACAUGAGGUCAUCUGUUUCGAGCCCAACCGGUAGCAAUGGUAACGUCACGGCCGGCAGCUGCACGGUGAGGUCGUCCAUCUCAAGCCCCGCAGCGGGCGGCUCCAUGGCGACCGGCAGCCCGCGAAACCUCUCAUUCGGCGGGUUUCCCAUGUCCAGUCCCGCCAGUGGACUGGGGCUGGUGCAGAACGACACCAACAGCCCCGAAGCGGCGGGUCUGGCAAAAGACCCAGACUUCAAGAACUUUGAGUUCCCCAAGGUGGAGAUGGUCGACGGGGAGGUUUUUAACGUGGGCCUGGAUCACAUGGGGAUGGUGAAGUACAUAAAAAACGAACCGGGGACUGACCUGAGGAGCAUGUGUUUAGGCAGCUCCAAGUGCAGUGGAAAUGGUACAGCCUAUAUCACGCAGAUAAAAAGUGAGCCCAACAAAGACGAGGACUGCAUGAAUCAGGCACUGUACAACGAGCAGCCUCGAUCUCUGGGCCUCUUCCCCGCAUCGGAGACAACCUAUUUAUCCCUGAGGAAUAACAUAGACGAAUACAGUCUUUCCGGUAUUUUAGGACCCCCCAUCUCCUCCAUGAAUGGCAACUAUGAAUCCGAAGGUUUCCUCAACAAUGUACUGUCUAAAGGUGUUAAGCAGGAGUCCAUUGAUGGGAGCUAUUACCAAGAAAACAGCGGCAUGACCCCGUCGGCCAUUGUUGGGGUUAAUUCAGGUGGACACUCGUUCCACUACCAGGUCGGAGCACAAGGAACAAUGUCUUUUGGGCGGAAUGAUGUAAGGGACCAGUCCAAUCCUUUGUUGAACCUCAUUUCCCCCGUAACAGCGCUAAUGGAAUCGUGGAAGUCUCGGCCAGGCAUGGCCCAGGGUGCGAUGUCAGCCAGGGGAGAGGGCUACCUGGGGCAGGGAUGCAUCGUGGACAACAUGUCAAGCUCGUCACUAAGACAACCUUCAUCGACGGCCAAAGUGUGUCUGGUGUGCGGGGACGAGGCGUCCGGGUGCCACUACGGCGUGGUGACGUGUGGGAGCUGCAAGGUGUUCUUCAAAAGAGCGGUGGAAGGUCAGCACAACUACCUUUGCGCCGGCAGGAACGACUGCAUCAUCGACAAGAUCCGCAGGAAAAACUGCCCGGCGUGUCGCGUGCGGAAGUGUCUGCAGGCCGGCAUGAACCUGGGAGCACGUAAAUCCAAGAAGCUGGGCAAGCUGAAGGGAGUGAGCGAGGACCUGCACGGCUCCAAGGAGAGCCAAACGACCGCCGGAGGUGGCGGGGGAGGGUACCUGUCCUCGGAGAAGGAGCUGAGCGCCAGCCAGGCCCAGAGCAACGCCCUGGUGCCCCACGGGCUGGGCGUGGUCACCCCCUACCUGCCCCCCUCCAUCUGCAGCGUGCUGGAGCUCAUCGAGCCGGAGGAGGUGUUCUCCGGCUACGACAACAGCAUGCCCGACACCACCGACCACCUGCUGUCUAGCCUCAACUGCCUGGCCGGCAAGCAGCUUGUGCGCAUGGUCAAGUGGGCCAAAGUACUUCCAGGAUUCCGAGGCCUGCCGAUAGAGGACCAGAUCACGCUGAUCCAGUACUCGUGGAUGUGCAUGCUGUCCUUCUGCCUCAGCUGGCGGUCGUACAAACACACCAACGGGCAGCUGCUCUACUUCGCCCCGGACCUCAUCUUUAACGAGGAGCGCAUGCAGCUGUCCGCCAUGUACGACCUGUGUGUGGGAAUGAGGCAGGUGAGCCUGGAGUUUGUCCGGCUGCAGCUUACCUACGACGAGUUCCUCUCCAUGAAGGUGCUGCUGCUGCUCAGCACAGUGCCCAAGGAGGGUCUGAAGAGCCAGGCGGCGUUCGAGGAGAUGAGGGUGAACUACAUCAAGGAGCUGAGGCGCUCGGUGGGCAAGGCCACCAACAACUCUGGUCAGACCUGGCAGCGCUUCUUCCAGCUCACCAAGCUGCUGGACGCCAUGCACGACCUGGUGAGCAACCUGCUGGACUUCUGCUUCUACACCUUCCGCGAGUCGGAGGCCCUGAAGGUGGAGUUCCCCGACAUGCUGGUGGAGAUCAUCAGCGACCAGAUACCAAAGGUGGAGUCGGGCCUCACGCACACACUGUACUUCCACAAGAAAUGACCGCGCCCGGCCACUCCCCCCCCCCCCUGCCCCCACGCGGGACGGGGAACGCAGAGCACCGGGAGGACACCAGAGAGACGCACCGCAACACGCCACACACUGACACCGGGAGGAGACGCCGAGGGGCCCGCGGGGGGAAGGCGGA